ACAGAAGCUGCCUCCGGAGCAGGGCGCCGGGGUGAGGGGUUUGUGAAGGGCACGGGAAGGCCGGGGUCCGGACUAUUCUUCUUGGGCCCCUGGAGACACAAUGGCGGCCUAAGGACUUUACGCGGUUUAGGAAUGGCCCAGGCCUGGACUUCAUAAUGGAAGGUCUGGGAUUUAGCAGGGUUUGGUAGCUCAUACCUGGAACACCCAAACUUGAGAGACUGAGACAGGAGGAUUGCCACAAGUUUGAGGCCAGCCUGGUCUACAGAGCUUCUUCACAAAAUCAUUGAUGGCUUCUGUGGCCGAGCUUAUCCUGCCCACCAGGAUUAUCACAGUGUCUGGAAUUCAGCUGAGUGGAAGCAUGUUCUCGAAGAUGUUACCACGUUUUUCAAAGCGGUCGUUGGCAAAAACUUCUCUGAGGAAGAGGACUUUUGGGGAACAGAAGUUCUGAGGUUAAUGCAGUCCAGUUUGCCAGUCUUUCUUUUGGCGGGUAGUGCUGUCUCUGUCGUAUUUAAGAAAUAUGAAGACACUCCAGCAACUGAACCAACUGAAUUCAUGUCACCAAGAAGCUGUUUUGAAAUGUUUAAAGAGUAGGAGAAAUGAGAUCAAGCAGGCCCUGUUGGGGGAAAUAGUUGAUAUUUCUUGUGCGCAGCUGCAGGAUUUUGAUUGGCAGUUAAAGCUCGCGCUUUCUAGUGACAAGAUUGCCACCUUGCAGAUGCCCCUUUUGAACCUUCAUCUGGAUGUGAAGGAAGAUGACAAAGUGAAACCGUACACUGUUGAGAUGAGUAAAGAGGAGUUACAGAGUCUGAUCAGCUCCUUGGAGGCCGCUAAUAAGGUGGUCCUGCAGUUAAAAUAACUGGAAAUGGUGACCAUCAACACCUCAGAUUUCAGUGCUGCACCGUGGCAGAGGGAGUGCUGUCCAUAUUCAGCGGGUGGAUGCUCCAUCAGGCUGAGCAGGCAGCAGCUCUGAGAUCACAGAGAUGGAAAUCCGUCAGAAACCCUAAGGGACAGGAAAUUGCAUGACUGAUAGGAAGUGCAUAGGAUGAAAGAAGAAAGAGCUGAAGUCACAGCCCGUGUUUUCACAGUGAUCGCUUUGUCUCAUUUAUUAAACAUCUGAGAAACUUUGUAGAUAACGUUUUAUCAAGAGGUAAAAAUAAGUUCUGAAGUAAUGUAAACACACAGAGCACAGACACGCUGGACUGUUCUUAAAUGCAAACAGCAAGACAUGUAUUCUUAAUAUGUAAUUUGUGAUAUUUGAAAAUAAUGUUUUAAGGUGUAUCCAAGCUACAUAUGUAAUGUAGGAGGUUUCAUAUCUUUCUCAUGUUUCAAAGAAAAGAUUUUUAAGUUGUAAAUUUUUAAAGAAAAUCUGUUAUCAGACAUGAACAAGAAAACAUUUAAAAUUUGUAUGCAUAGUUUGGGAAUAAUUUGAAUAACAAAAUUCCUAAGAAAUUUAUGAACUAAAACAAAAACUUCAAAAAAAUGCAAAUAACAUUGUUAUUUUCACAUCCUCACUUCUUGGGAGACCAUGGUCUGAGGAAAUAAGAAAACUGUCAAAGAUGGUAUAGUUACAUAUUGUUACUCACAUCAAGGGUGUUUUUAUAAGGUCUGAAUAUGAAAUUUGAGCUUUUGGAUGGUGACAAAGUAAUUGUAAUACAAACCACUUAUCACCCUAGCUAACUGAAAAUAAGCAUUCUGAACAAAUACAAGCUGGUCGUCUCUUCCUGUGUUGCUUGAUUUCAGUGACUUCCCAAAUAGCUCACUUGUUGGUACAGAAUUAACUGGUCGCUGCCGUGUGCAGUUCUGUGGCUCCAUAAGGCUCCAGUCUGACAGCCGGGAGCGGUGAUGACUACUGUUCUCCUCCUACGGCUGCAGGCAGCCUCAGACAAGGCUGCUCUAUGGGCUGCGACAUAGCAGUGAUUAGGAAAGGAGCUUGGGCCAGCGGGUUCUCAGUGUGCUGCUUUUCUCAUCAAGAAAUUCGGGUGUGGAAAGUGGACCUAUGCGGUAUGUUCACGCAGUUACUGAUUUCCUUGUUAGGCAAGUUUAUUAAGUCAGCACGGAGCAUUGGCAGCUUGUGGAACAAUGUAUCAGGCCUGGUCCAGCAGUCUCUAUUGCUUCCUUCCUUUCAGGGCAGCCCUUCAUAGGAGAAUACCUUGUUCUCUUCCACCCCCAACAGCCUGUUGCACAGCUUUUCUGAUUGGCACACAGUUUGAUUGACACACUAUAAUGUCCAUAUUUAAAGUGUUGGUUCAAUACAUUUGACCAACAGAUACUCAUGAAAGCAUCUCCGUAGUCAAGGAAUACAGGCCCACAUGCAAGCUUUCUCUUGUCCUCGAUAGUCUCCAUCCCUGGGCGUUCACCCUUGGUCACUUCUGCUGCACUUCUAGUCACCAUGGGUUAGGGAAAAUGGGCUCAUACAGUAUGUCUUGUUCUUCUCUUUACUGUUGGUAAUGGUGCAGGACACCGUGUUUUCCAACCAAGCUUAGUCUGCCUCCAAAACAAACAAUAACAAGCCAAAUUAAAUCUGUUUUUUUUUUUUUUCCCCAGCAUCUUUCUUUGUUCUUGGACAGGGCCUUAACUGCUGCCUGGGCUGUCCUAGAACUCAACUACGUAGACCAGGUUAGGUCUUGAACUCAUGACAGUCUUCUGGCUUCAGCUUUCUAAAUAAUUGGAUUGCUGAUAUCAGCCAGCAUGCAUGAUGUUAGCAUUAUUUCAAGUUACUCUUAUUGCACAUGCCAGUACUUUGUUCCUUCUUAUGGCUGAAAAGCAUCAUGUUGUAUAAUUCUUACAGUUUAUCUGUUGGUAGCUUUUUGGUGGUUUCAACAUUUGCUUGUCCUAGUGAAGAGAAUGCUAUGAGCAUUUGUGUGCAUAUCAUGUAAUGAAGAAAUGGUGUCUUUGGAGUGACAUAGCCAGGUCCUGUGAUAGGCUCAUACUUAUCUUUCUAUUACUCAUAUUCCAUUCCCGCUUGUUUGUUAGCAUUCUGAUCCACCUUCCCUUAGUGUGACAGGUCUUCCUGGUUUCAGCUAUUUUGGUGUCAUAUUAUGGGAUCUCAUUGUGUUCCUUUUCUUUUCUUUUCUUUUCUUCCCAUUUCUUUUCUUUUUUUUAAGAUUUAUUUAUUUAUUUCAUGUAAAGGAGUACACUAUAGCUAUCUUCAGACCCUCUGGAAGAGCAGUCAGUGCUCUCCAGCCCCCUCAUUGUGUUUCUAACAGUCACUUAAUGACCAAUCGAAUUCAUCAUCACUUAACAUGUUCUGUUGUCUGUGCAUCUCGCUGGACUCUGUUCAGACCUAGUGCCUGGUUUUUUUUUUGUUUUUUGUUUUUUUUUUUUGAGACAAGGUUUCUCUGUGUAGCUCUGACUGUCCUGGAACUCACUCUGUAGACCAGGCUGGCCUCAAACUCAGAAAUCCGCCUGCCUCUGCCUCCCGAGUGCUGGGAUUAAAGUCUUGCGCCACCAUGCCCGGCCCUAGUGUCUGUUUUUAAGGCGGAUUCUUAGUCUUGUUUCUUAGCACUGUGCUCUGACAGUUCCUUUCUAAAUGCAAGGCCUUCGGAUACUCCGUUCCAUACUCCAGGAUCUUUUUGUUUUUCCUGUACUUAGGUGAUAUUGAUUUCAGAGGUCAGCUUUAGAGAGAAAGGUUAAGAGGCUGGCAGAGUUUCCAUAUCAUGCCUAGUUUCUCCUCGUAACUGAUUACACUGUAGGGCACUUGUAAUUGGUGAAAUAAAACAUGACCAUUAGCUAACUUUUCUAGGUUAUUUGGAUUCCCUAAGAAUUUUAGCUGUUUCCCUCACCGUUGCUGACCUUGAUCUUAUGGAGAAAUGUGUGUGACUCACAGGAACAUACCAGUGUUUUUCUCAUAGUUAAACUGGAGUUACAGGUUUUGGGAGAGAAGAUUGCAAAGACAAAGUGCCAUUUUUAUCACAUGAUUUAUGACCUGAUGCGACUGUAACCACGGUGGGAAGGCAACGCCUGUUAGAUUUCCACACUGUGAAGUGACUUUCUUGUCCCAGGCUCUUCUCUUUGGGUGGGGAUAGCUGUGUUCAGCCUGGACUAGAGCCAUGGGGAGCUCUGCUCCUCAUUACCCCGUUGAAGUGUCUAUAGAAGUUGUGUGCAAUUCACUUUUUUUCCCUGUGUUUUCUCCCAUAAAUUAUUUUGUCAUCUA